UUCUACUCAUCACACAAACAAACACACCAGAAAAUUCGACCCCUACAAUCACUCUUUCCUCUUACCACCGCUCGUCCUUUUCUCGCCCUCUCCAUUUUUGUCCUCACCCGAAAGAAAGAAGCAAACCGAAGCAAACUUUCCAUCGAUCGGCCAUGGACACUAAGAUCGGAUCCAUCGACGCCUGCAUGCCAAACAGCACCGACAUGUGCUCCGCCGCCAACGGCGCCGUUUCCACCGUCCACAACUCCGUCCCUACCUCCGUCGUCAAGAACCCCGAGGCCACUCUCGGCCGCCACCUCGCCCGCCGCCUAGUCCAGGUCGGCAUCACCGACGUCUUCACCGUCCCCGGCGAUUUCAACCUCACUCUCCUCGAUCAUCUCAUCGCUGAGCCUGGACUCAACAACAUUGGCUGCUGCAACGAGCUCAACGCCGGGUACGCCGCCGACGGCUACGCUCGUUCCCGCGGCGUCGGCGCCUGCGUCGUCACCUUCACCGUCGGCGGCCUCAGCGUUCUCAACGCCAUCGCCGGAGCUUACAGCGAGAAUCUCCCCGUGAUCUGCAUCGUCGGAGGCCCCAACUCCAAUGAUUAUGGAACCAACAGGAUUCUCCACCACACCAUUGGCCUCCCUGAUUUCACUCAGGAGCUCCGGUGCUUCCAGACGGUUACCUGCUUCCAGGCUGUGGUGAAUAACUUGGAAGAUGCUCACGAGCUGAUAGACACGGCGAUUUCCACCGCCUUGAAAGAGAGCAAGCCUGUUUACAUUAGCGUCGGCUGCAAUUUGCCGGGAAUCCCCCACCCCACCUUCAGCCGAGAGCCCGUUCCCUUCUCUCUUAAUCCAAGAUUGAGCAAUCAGCGGGGGCUGGAGGCCGCAAUUGAAGCAGCGGCUGAGUUUCUGAACAAGGCGGUGAAACCAGUUUUAGUCGGUGGGCCCAAGCUGCGAGUCGCCAAGGCGUGCGAUGCUUUCGUGGAGCUGGCGGAUGCUUCUGGAUAUGCUCUCGCUGUGAUGCCUUCCGGAAAAGGGCUAGUCCCGGAGCACCAUCCUCGUUUCAUCGGGACUUACUGGGGCGCGGUGAGCACGGCCUUCUGUGCCGAGAUUGUGGAAUCGGCGGAUUCCUACUUGUUCGCAGGGCCGAUCUUCAAUGACUACAGCUCUGUUGGCUACUCGUUGCUUCUCAAGAAGGAGAAGGCCAUUCUUGUGCAGCCUGACAGGGUGGUGAUUGCCAAUGGCCCUGCGUUUGGAUGUGUUCUGAUGAAGGAUUUCCUGGAAGGGCUUGCUAAGAAGCUGGAGAAGAAUACUACUGCUUAUGAGAACUACCACAGAAUCUUUGUCCCCGAGGGAGUUCCUCUCAAGGGUGAGCCUAAGGAGCCUCUGAGGGUGAAUGUCCUGUUCCAGCACAUUCAGAAGAUGCUCUCUGGUGAGACUGCUGUGAUUGCUGAGACAGGGGACUCCUGGUUCAACUGCCAGAAGCUUAAAUUGCCCAAGGGUUGUGGGUAUGAAUUCCAGAUGCAGUAUGGUUCAAUCGGUUGGUCAGUUGGUGCUACCCUUGGGUAUGCUCAGGCUGUACCGGAGAAACGUGUGAUUGCUUGCAUUGGUGAUGGUAGCUUUCAGGUGACAGCGCAAGAUAUUUCAACCAUGAUUAGAAAUGAGCAGAAGACUAUCAUUUUCCUGAUCAACAAUGGCGGCUACACCAUUGAGGUGGAGAUUCAUGAUGGCCCUUACAACGUAAUCAAGAACUGGAACUACACCGGUUUGGUUGAUGCAAUUCAUAACGGGGAAGGCAAUGUCUGGACGACUAAGGUAUACUGUGAAGAGGAGCUGAUUGAAGCAGUUGAGACGGCAACUGGAGAAAAGCAGGAUAGCUUGUGCUUCAUUGAGGUGAUUGUUCACAAGGAUGACACCAGCAAAGAACUCUUGGAAUGGGGCUCCAGAGUCUCUGCUGCCAACAGCCGCCCACCCAACCCACAGUAGAACAACUUCACAUACCAACCUCAAACUUGGCCGUGCUGGAGAGUGGAGACGAAGUGUCAAUUCUAGUAGUACGUCUAUUAGGUUUUCUUUCCUGUUGAGUUCACAGUAUUGGUUUUUGGCCCUCUUGAAAGUCAAAAGUUAUGUGUAGAUUCUUCUUUCCUGUGAUGGAUUCAACCGUUAAUAUGAGAGGAUUAGGUUCUCUGGCUAUAUUCCUUUUUGGGUUAAUAGCAUUUUCUACUCUUUUACUAUCGCAAAAUAACAAACGUACUCUCUACUAAUUUUUUGCACAAAUGUACUCUUCUACUAUUAAAACGUAACAAACAUAAUCUUCUGUCUAAUUUUUCGUUAAAUGACUGUUAAGUGAGCAGGCAAAUGACUAAAUUGCCCCUCAUUUGAUGUUAAUUUAGUUUUAAUUAUUAAUAGUUCCAAUAUAAUUAAAAUUAAAAA